AAUGGUGGCAAUAUGAUCAACGAUGCCUGUAUCGAGGAGAUGAUUCCUCUCUUCAACAUCAACACCAGGACCCUCGCCAAGGUGAUCGAGUAUUGUAAGAAGCAUGUUGGUGUUAGCAGCAUACUCGACGAAUAUGGCAAUGCUAAUGAGGAGAUCAAGAGCUGGGAUGCUACAUAUAUUGAUGUACACCAGACCAUCCCCUAUGAUAUUUUUCAAGUGAGAUCCUCUAGCUUUCUUAAUAUCAAGGGUCUCUUGGAUCUUGCAUGCGAACAAGUGGCUAACGUGAUCAAGGGGAAGAGUGUUGCGGAGAUCCCUAAGAACUUUAACAUUAAGAAUGACUUCACUUUAGAGGAAGAGAAAGAGAUCUGGAAGCAGCACCAGUGGAUCUUUGAAUGA